AUGAGCCAGACGGUCACCUUUGCCGAGCUGGUCAACCUGGCCAUCGGCACCCCAGAACUGGGCAACGUGAACUUCAAUGCUCUCCACUUCCUGCUCCACAGCAUGCUGCAGUACUUCAAGCUGCAAGAUGUGCCCAAAGAAAUCUCUGAGGAUGAGCUGGACUUUAUCAAGCCGUCCUUCAAAAGCGUCGGCUCCGGAGCGCCAUCCGAACCGGAGACCCCGGUGAGGAAAUCCAGCUCCAUCUUCCACCAGUUGCAUGAGAGGGUCCUCGCCUUGGAGAAGCAGCUCCUCUUCCUGAAUGACACCCCCACCACGGCCGAACUGCUGGCCCGCACCCAGGUGGGCAUCCCAGCCCAGCCCACCCAGGACAUGUGGCAGCUCAUGCAGCUGAAGAAGAAGAUGGAGGUGAACGAGGAAGGGAUGUGCAAGGCCAUGAACACCCUGCAGGAUUUGCUAAAGAACAUCUGCGAGCUGCAAAUCACCACAGAGACCUUCAAGGAGGAGCUGGGGCAAAUGAAGAGUGACUUCCAGAGGCUGAGCAUCCACAAGAUGCAUGAACAACUGAAGCAGCUGGGCAGCCAGGCUAAGGUGAUGGAGGAGAUCCAGCAGCAAAUGCUUCAGGGCCACAUAAAGGCAGUAUCGAUGCCCGACCUCUCCGACAUGGUGAGAUGGAGCUCUCUCUGCGACCUGCUCCUGGGGAAGAGUUUCCCGGAGACGGAGCAAGAGGCCAGGGACCGGCUGUCCCGGGAGAGGCUGGUUUCCUUGGGGGAGCUGCCAGGGAGGCACAAGGAGCUGGUGGCCCAGAUUGCUCAGCUGGAAGGGCAGCUGAAGCAGCAGACGGAGCAGCUGGAACGUUAUGAAACCUCAGCUGAGGAGAGGAUGGAACUGACAUCCCUCCUGGACCGUGUGAAUACUCUGGAGACUCGAGAUCACCAGGUGAUGAGGGAAUCGCAGGGCUGGGCCAGGGGCCGGGCGCUCAGCAGCUGUGCUUGCUUCCUGCAGAGAAAGGAGUCUCUGAAAGGCAUCCUGGACCAGAUGCCAACGCUGACAAAGCAGUACGAGAAGCUGGAGGGUGCCGUGGGCAAGCUGAAGAGGAACUCCAUUGACUUCCAGAACAUACAAAAUAUGUUGGAGCAACUGGACAUCACGAAAGCCGACAAAGCCUUGAUCCAGGAGGAGAUGCAGGUGAAAGCUGACAAGAGUGCGCUGGAGGCCAAGGUGAACCAAGUGGAGCUGAGUUCGGCCACCACCCAGCUGAACGAGAUGAUGCAGGACCUGCUCCAAAGGAUGUCCCUCCAGGACAAGGACUGGCAAAAGGCUCUGGAGAAGCUCUUCACUGACAUGGACCACAAGCUGGACCGCAUGGCCUUGGACCCCCUCAGCCAGCAGCUGGAGGAAGUGUGGCAGUUCAUCAAGAAGUACCUGAGCGAGGGUCCCCGCUUUGACGCAGACAGUGCCGCCGGCUUCAAGAGGCAGCUGCUUGAGAGAGUGAAGUGCCUCUCCUGCGACCGGCCCGUGACCCUGAUGACCGGCCCGCACCUGGUCACCAUUCGGAAGGCCCCGCUGAGGCUGAGGCCGGCCAGUGCCAACGGCUACGAGUACCUGGCACAGAAGCAGAAGAGGGGCUCAGAGACAAACGAAGUUCCCAGCAGCCAGCCUCCCCAGACGUGUUGGCAGUGCCAGGCUCACCACCAGACCUGCACCAUCAAGCGCAUGUCCAGGUCCCGGGACUUUGCGACCCUCUACCCCUACGGAGACCCCACCGUGCUCACCUACGACAACGCUGAGGUGGAUAUUCUGGGCAUCAACGGCGUUCUCUACAAGGGCCGGGUGAACGCGCAGACCGUAGAGCGGACUAUUGCUGUGCAGAAGGAUUUCAUAGGUGUGAAGCCCUCCCGGUCCCCUUCCGGACUCCGGAUGGAGAGGGCCCGCUCGGCCGUAGCAGAUUUCACUUACGUGUCCCCCUUUGCCUCUUCCGCCGUCCGGAGGAGCAGAUCAGCCACAGGAAGCCAACGCCUGCCACCACCGGAGAGCCUGGACAAACUGGUCCUGGGAAACUGCAGCUUCAGCCAGCACAGCCUGCAGAAAGGAGGCGGGGUCACAGGCCUAUGA